UUCUCAGUGAAAAAUCCAUAUGUAUGUCCCUCAAUACUCAGAGAGUGAUUCAGUCUACUUCUGAUAGUCGAACAGUGAAAAUCGUUCUAUAAAUAUCGUGGAAAAGUGCUUCAAAAAGUGGUUGCAUUUUCUUUUUGUUCAAUCUGCACAAGUUAUUGCUCAAAAACACAUUCACUUUUGGCACAAUAUUCAAAAAUUUCCUCCUUGGAUAUUUUGCAGAGGAUAGUGUGAAGAUACUCGGGGUGAACUGUGAAUGAGUGAUAAUUGUUAGUUAACAUUAUCCAAUCCAAAUAUGUCUUGGAGACUUGCGUACUCCAACAGCCGAUUAGACUCCACAGAUGUCACCACCGGACGACAGUUGCAGAGGAUCCUUCAUUACUCCAUAACACCCUGUCGACCCCUUCCGACCCUGAGGCGUUCAGAAUGUGCCAUUCAUGACGUUGACUGUGAUGAGGUUUACCCAAAGAUUUACAUUGGUGAUGCAGCAUCAGCUAAAAAUAAAACGUAUCUCCGUCUAAUGGGAAUCACGCAUAUAUUGAAUACCGCAGAGGGUUCACGUUUUGGUCAAGUGGACACGGGACACUCAUACUACAGAGACAUGUCCAAUAUGAGAUACAUGGGCUUCCCAAUGAUUGACCAACCCACCACGGACAUCUCGCGCUACUUCUACAUCGCAUCAAAGUUCAUUGAAAAUGCCGUCAAUGGCGGUGGAAAAGUGCUAGUUCACUGUCUUAUGGGUAUGUCCAGGUCAGCUACUUGUGUCCUGGCCUACCUCAUGAUUGCCCGUCAGAUGUCUGCAGCUGAAGCCAUUCGAACUGUCCGGAUGCACCGUGACAUAAGACCAAAUGAUGGCUUCCUGCAGCAAUUAGCUGAUUUGGACAAUGAGCUAAGACGAGAACGAAGUUUCAAGCUCUACUAAAAAAAAGAAGCACCCUCACAAAAAAAAGAAACUAAAUUUACCAUGAAACUAAUACAACUUUAAUCAUUAGCGUGAUAAGGGAUAUUUGCAGAUUGAAAUCCUAUAUUUCUGUAGAUGUGUAAAACUAAACACUGACCUGCUUCUUUUCAAUUGAGUUACAACGAAAGUUCUCUAUUGGCAAAGAUAAAACAUUUAAAGAGAAAAAAACCAAAAAACACCUUAAAAGUGAGUAUCACACUAAAAAAAUACUAUAUUGAAACUAUAGAAUAUUUUUUUAAAAGAAUGAAAGAAACCUAAUAUACAAUGAAACUUUACAAAAAAGAAAAAGGUUAAAACUAUGAAAAGAAAAAUUUGUUUAUAACCCACCCUAAUAUUUUCAAUAUUCAAACAACAAGAAAAUCAAUAAAAACUGUACAAAAAAAUUGCUAUAAGAUCUGUAAAUAAACUAUACUUCAUAUUUUUUAUAACAUUAAAAUCUUAUAGAGUAACUAUUUAGUGAACAACAACAGACAAAGAUGUUAAUGAACUCAAAAAAAUAAAACAGAAAAAAUUAAAACUAUUUAAUCUUGUUCCAAAGUUCAGGCUAGUUCUCAAUAUUUAAAGAAGAGUGCAAUUGGAGAGAGGAAAGAAGUGAUAACAGCAGUGGUAAAUAAAUACAAAGAAUUUUGUAUGGCCUCAUGAGAUUUUACAAAAUCAAAGAAAAACAAAAAAAACAACUAUACAAAUGCCAAUACAAUAUUUGAGUAAAAAAAAUGUGAGAAAAAUGUGUAUAUAUACAUUUUUUGGAUAAUAAAGAAAGGAAGAAAUAUCUACUUCUCACUCAGGUAUUCUUCUUGAUAUCAAUAAA